UACUCGUCAUCCUGCGUAGCUGUGACGUCGUGCUGUGACGUCGUUCUGUGGCGAAAAUCUGGCGGCGUGCGUUCGGCUGCGCUGUGACAGACUGAUGUUGGUCAAAAGACUGUCUCACAUACAGAACAAGGAAAGAAUAAACUAAUACAACAGAUCUCCAGGAGAAGGACCGGCCUCCGUCUCUCACCAUGAGCGACGACACGGACUCCCCCCCCGAGAGGGAGAUGAAGGAUUUUCAGUUUCGUCAGAUGAAGAAAGCCAGAGUCUUCGACCCUGCUGAAGAUUUGCCAAGAGAAAGAAGUAGUCUGCUGACCAUCUCAAACAAAUUUGGUUUAACUUUUGUCGGGCUCGACAGAACAUUCAAAGUUUACCAAACCCAAAACAUUCUGACGGCUGAUAUGUUUGACGGCAAUGCCAACGAAAUAGUCGAGGGGAUAGCAGCAUUGGCCGAGGUGACUGUGGACCUGACUCUGCACCACUUGGCGCUCAGUUGUGAUGAACUUACUUUGUCAGUAUGUGGCAUGUCUGACAGGGGGAGUUUGUCCCUCACGUUCUAUGAUGUCCGCACCUUCGUGAACAAGGCAAGACCACAGAAGCUACCUUUUUCAUCAUUGAUGCCAGCAGUACCCCCUUGCACUGUAGUGCAAGACCUGAAGUGGAAUCCUGGACUUGCAUCCAUGUUGGCUGUCUGUCUGUCAGACGGCCGUAUGAUGAUUUUGGAUGUUACUGACAGUGUCAAAGUGCAGGCUGAGCUUCCAGCUUCAAGUGGCAUCACAUGUAUUUGCUGGAGUCCAAAAGGAAAACAAGUUGCUGCAGGAAAAAUGAAUUCCACACUCAGUCAAUAUACACCAGCACUGGAAGAGAAAAAAGUUAUCCAAUGUCCACACUUCUACACCUCUGACCAACCUGUCAAAGUUCUGGAUGUGCAGUGGCUGAGAACCUUUGUGUUUGCAGUGGUAUAUGCUGCUGCAGAUGGGUCCCUUGAGACCCCUCCUGAGCUAGUGUUGAUCUCCCUUCCUAAGAAGGAUGAAAGGGUGGAGACAAAGUAUCUGAACUUUAGUGACACGGUGUACGGCAGCUGCACUGAGCGACAACACCACUACUUUCUUAGCCAUGUAGAGGACUGGGACCUUGUGUUUGCUGCAUCAGCGGCUUCCAUUGAAGUCAGCGUCAUAGCUGCCAGACAAGAGGACAAGAUCUGGGAGCUCUGGAUUCUGGAAGAUGCGAGUAGGGCUGAGCUUCCAGUGACAGAGACAAAUGACGACACUCUGCCCCUUGGCUUAGCCAUAGACUACACCAGCCAGCAGGAGAUCCACAUCACUGAUGAGAAGACCUUGCCUCCAGCCCCCACGAUGCUGAUGCUCUCCACAGAGGGAUUGCUCUGCCCGUUCGCUCUGCUCAACCUCAAUCCUGGGGUUAAGCAACUGGUCUCAGCUCCCACUGCCCUCGCCUUGGAGGGGGAGAGACUGCCCAAGCCAGGUUCUUUGGCAGCCCAGCCACCCAGAAUUGCUGCCUCCAUCCCAUCAACCCUAGCAACAUUCCCAAACCUUGGUCUUGCUUCAGCAAAUGCUUUUACCCCUCCAGCCCCUGCUGCAUCUUCAUCUGCUGCCCCAUUCAGCAUGGCUCCCACAGCUCCUGUGACAUCCAUGGCGUCAUCAUCAGGCUUCACUUUCUCGGUCCCAACUACAUGCGCCACCUCUGCUCCUCCACCUUUCUCCAUGGGGGCGCCCCCACCUUAUGGCUCAGGUUCCCUCGGCUUUUCCUUUGCCCCCAAACCUGCCUCUGACACUGCCUCAGCCUUUUCUUUCACCCCUCCGAUCAAACCAUCUGCAGUGGCAGCCCCAGUUCCAGCUCCAACACCCCAGAGCAUUGCUGCUGCAGCCCCAUCAACUGUGAAACUAAAUCUAAAUGAGAGGUUUUCAGCCCUGGAGACCCCAGCACCAUCCCCACAGUCUUUUUCCUUCAAUUCCCCGCUGCCCAAAACAGUUGCUCCCAGUUCCAGUGGUUUGACCGCCCCUCCACUCGCAGCCACUAAGCCACCUCCUGUAAUGACCCCAGUUCGUCCAGUUCAAACCAGCGCACCGCCCACAGUCGUCCAGAAACCUGUUCCUGCUGCCCAGAACCGUGUCCAGACUCCACAGGCAGCUGUUAGUGUGAAGGCCCUGGAGAAGCAGCUACAGCAAAAGAAAGACUCUGAUCCCAUUAUGGCUGGAAUAUUGGAGGAGAUUGCACACUUCCAGAAGGAGUUGGAUGAUCUUAAGGCACGAAGCGCGAGAGCCGACUUCAAGGUCGGCACCAAUGAGGAGAUGAAGGAGUUGAGGAAGGAGUCAGAGGACCUCCAUAUUUUCACUCUGGAAAUUAAGGAAACAACAGAGUCUCUGCAUGGGGACAUUGGUACACUGAAGACCACCUUACUGGAGGGCUUUGCUGGGGCCGAAGAAGCCAAGGCUCAGAGUGAGCUGAGCAGAGACAGAAACUACAGACAGCUGCUGUACAAAAAACCUCUGGACCCUCGCAGCGAGGAACACCUCAAGGAGAUUCGCAGGCUGUACCAGUAUGUUACGUUUGCUGUGGAAGAUGUCAAUGACGUGUUGGAUGUGGAAUGGGAGAAACACCUUGAGAAGAAGAAAAAGCAAAAACACAUGGCCGUACCAGGGCGUGAAGGUCUGUUCACCACACUGGCCAACAACCUGUACAUUAUCAACCAACAGAAGAACAGAUUGGACCAGUUGAUUAAGCAACUCACCUCGCUGCGCCUCUACAACAAGACCACCACUCCAACUAUAAACCGCAGCACUGCUGCUGAAACAACUGCUGGUUUGGAAAGCGAGCUUGAGAGUUUAAGGGAUGCACUCAUGAAAGCCAGGCUGGACACCGCCCCGCUCAAAACCAAACCCCCAGCAGUCAAAAUCUCACCAGUGAAACAGUCCCAGCUGCGUAACUUCCUCUCAAAGGGACAGAUGCCUCCUGUCCGCUCAACUGCACCAGCCAACCUGUCCCGCUCGGCCUUCCUUUCACCUAAAUACUACGAGGACUUGGAUGAUGUGAGCUCCACCUCCUCCCUGUCCCAGUCCCUGGAGCCUCACCCAGCUGACUUGGAGCUGGAGGAGGAGGAAGAGGAAGAUGAACUACAGCCAGAACCCCUCUCCCUCCCCUCAGCAUUGCCCAACCCCCGCCACCCUACAGUUGUGAGGACCCCCUCUAUCCAGCCUGGCUUUGGGGCCAUCCAGUCCACCCCUUUAACAAAAAUUCACUCAGUCCCGAGUAUCGGCUUUGGACUCAGCCCUAUUGCCAGCCCUAUUCCAACAAAUAAGAUCAACCUCAGUGGGGCUGAAUCCACUGCUCUUGCCACAAAGACAGUAAAACAUGGAGCCCCCCCAACGGAGAGGAACAUCCCUGUCACCAACCCUGCCCAGCAGGCUGCAGCCCAUGCUGCUCUACGCAGGCAGAUGGCCAAUCAGAAGCCAGCUGUGGUCAGUUCUUCCUUGACAGAGUCCGCUUUGAAGACGGUUCCUCAGGUGGUCAAUGUCCUGGAGUUUAAGGACAAAGGGCCUCCUAUGCCGGUUUCCAAUAUCAUCAGCUCAUCAAUACCAGAUCCAGCAGCUCCGGUCUUUACAACAGUUUCUUCCAACCAGGCCAAACGAAAUCCUACCCAAGGUAUCCAGAAGAUGUCCGCUGAAAGCACAACCACCCCACAAUCAGGCUUCUUGUUUGGUCAAUCGCCCAAAACAGAUGUUUCAGUGGCUCCUGCUUUCUCAGCAGAGCAAAGCACCAGCAAAAGUUUCCCCUUUGCAUCAGGGCCUUCAGGCUUCAGUUUUGCUUCUGUUAGUCAGGGAGCUGGAAUGUCACAAGCAAAAGAUGGGAAUAAAUUCUCCUUUGCUGCAAAUGGCAAGAUGAUGUUUGGCCAGACUGGAGAAGAGCCAUUCGGCCUCACCCCCAAAUCCCCUUCCCCUGCUCUUGGCACAGGGGCUCCCACCCAGCCUCCAAACACAUCAGGGGACAAAUCUGCCUCUACUGCCUCUGUCCUCAGGAUAGAUCCACAGCCGCUUAAGACCAUUGGUGGAGAGACUCUGGGCAGUUUCUCUGGGCUACGUGUGGGCCACGGAGAAGAGGCUAAAGACUCAGCCACCAAACCUGCUACUGGCUCAUUUAGCUUUGGGGAAGCUGGACUUGGUAUAGGCAAGGGAGCAGCACAGUUUAGCUUUGCUUCAAGCACCCAAAAGUCUGCAGAAGAUGCUACAGGAGCAGCGUCAGGGAGUUUGUUCAAGCCUCCUGAACCGACCCCCAAGCAGGCCUUCUCUGUGCCCCAGUCCAGCUCUUUUGCCUCAGCUUCACCUACGUCUUUCGGUAGUCUCCUAGCUGCUUCUCCAGACCCCUCAGAGGAACUAAAAGUGUCCCCACAACCUUCAGAACCAACACCACCCCCUGAAAAAGAACCUGCUACCGCACCACCUGUAGAAAGCGCCAGUCCCCUUGUAGUAUCUGAGCCUCCAGCGGCUGCAGCCGCGACAGAAACCGCAGCAGUUGCAGCACCAACACCCACACCUCCUCUGGCCACAACUGCCCCUACCGCAGACUUCCCCUCGUCCACCACUGCACCAACUGAAGCAACCGCUCCAGCACCAGCCAGUGCGGCUCUCACAAUAGACGCCACCCCAGACAGCACCAUCACCAUUGAUCCUGUGCCCACUUCAGCUGCUUCCACCCCUGCUGUAGCACCUGUCUCCCAGGUAGCUCCAACAACAUUCCAGGUGCCCAGUUCUGACAAACCAGGAUCCAUUUUUACUCAACCUACUCCUGCAACAACAGACAGCAGCUCCCUUGGUAUUCUACCAGUUAUCAGCACAGUUUCCGCCGCAGCCAUCACUCCCACCCUUACUGUUGUUAGCAGUACAACAACCACAGAUGGAAGCUCUAUGUUUGCACAACCUGUUGCUCCUCCAGCUUCUUCAGCCCCCUCUGUCCCCGCAGCCCCAGCAGCCCCAGUAGCCCCGGCAUCCACAGGUUUUGGCUCAACUGGCUUUGGUGCAUCACCUGGAACUGGUUUUGGCAAAUCUGUGUUUGGCCAGGUGAGUGGCUUUGGUCAGCCUGCCAGUAACACCGAAACACCCAGUGGCUUUUCUUUUGGCCAGUCAGCCUUUGGAGCAAGUUCCAACGGUGCGACUACUGGCGGAAGUGUUUUUGGUGCUGCUACUGCUACCAAUGCCAGUUCCUUCUCCUUUGGCACAAGCAGUGCCAACACUGCCAGCAGCACUGGCUCAGGGCUGUUUGGACAAAACACAGCACCAGCAUUUGGCCAGAGCUCAGGAUUUGGGCAAGGGUCUGUGUUUGGGAGCAACACCACCACAUCCUCCUCUACAGGAUUCAGCUUUGGACAGCCCUCAGGUGAGUCUUUCGGCUGCACUUCUGCCGCCCCUGCGUUCGGCCAACAAGCUAGCAGCGGCAGUGUAUUUGGACAGCAGCAGCAGCAGCAGCAGCAGCAGCAGCAGCAGCAGCAGCAGCCAUCAUCUGGUGGGACUCUGUUUGGCUCAAAUCCAGCCAAUCCAGCUGGCUCAACUGCCGGUGGAGGGUUCUUCACCGGCCUUGGAGGCAAACCGAGCGAAGACGCUGCCAACAAGAACCCAUUCGGCACCAAUGCCCCCACCGGAGGGUUUGGACAGCCUGCUCAGACAGGUGCCAACACUCUGUUUGGGAAUAGCGGUGCCAAGGCCUUCGGUUUUGGACAGUCGUCCUUUGGGGAGCAGAAACCUAGCGGGACCUUCAGCACCGGUGCAGGGAGCGUUGCAGCUCAGGGAUUUGGCUCCUUCUCUACUCCCACCAAAGCAGGUGGCUUUGGCAGCGCUCCAGUGUUUGGGAGUCCCCCUUCCUUUGGUAGUUCCCAAGCAUUUGGUGCUGGAGCAACAUUUGGCGCAAGCCCUUCCUUCACCAACAACAUGGUUCCCUCAGCUGGUAAAGUGUUUGGAGAGGGAACACAGGCUGCCAAUAUGGGCGGAUAUGGGUUUGCCUCACCGCCCAGCGGCCCGUCCUUUGGUGCUCUAGCCAAUCAGGCUGCUCCGUCGUUCGGGGGCCUGGCUCAACAGGGCCCCGGGUUUGGAAGUCAGCCCAGCAGCUUCUCAGGCUUUGGACAACAGCCACAGGCGGGAGGAUUCUCUGGAAACACCUUUGGGUCUACAAACCAAUCAAGUCCACAAACAUUUGCCAGUUGGAGAAGCUAGUUUUAUUAAACCUCCACGUCACUGCUACAGUGCUUUCUGCAAUCAAGCUCUCCGUGCCAUGUAAUGGGUGAAGGGAAUAGGGCCAAGAUUGUGUUGCAUUUGGGCUAAAUAAAGAAAAGUGAAUUAGAAGAUAUACAUGCAUUUUCUCUUUUUAGAAAAGUUUUGUAUAUUCUAGAAAACGUUUUUUAACCAGAUUUCAGUUGCAAUCACAUUAACAUACAUUUAAUUAUUUGGGAAGUUUAUGCCUGAUCCUAGUUUUUUCCUAGGACACAGGAGAAGCAAGUAUUGAACAUGGAAAAACAGGUUUUUGAAAAUCCUAGAAAACUCAAAAUCAUUUUUUUGUAAACAGGUCCAGGACCUUCUAUGGACAAUGAAGUAUGUUGUUACACAUUGAUGGAGUUUACAGACUUGUCAUAACAUUCAUACUGCAGGGCGAUUUUGUUUUCUAGUUCAUUUUGUGUCCAGCAUUUGUGAGUUUUUGUUUUUGCACUUUUAAGCAUAGAAAAUGACGGAACAGUUCAGUCUUUCAUUGAAUGAUGGGUACUUGUAUCAUUUGCAUGGCUAUACAAACUCAAAUUCAGUCCAGUCGUAUCUGUCAGUACAGUUGUAAAUACAUGUGGCCUGUACCAAUGUAGAAUUGACUGAAAUUAAACAAGCCCAACAUGCUAAAAUGUGAUACAAAGGAUUGUGGUCAGGGGUGAAAAAAAGUUAUAUAUUCCUUUUCAGAUGAUUUUUCCAGUAAAUCCCCGCUUGAUAUAUUUUUAAAUGAACUGGUAGAAAUAAAUGAAAUUUCUCAAAA